AUGACAAUGUUUUCACCUGAGGAGAUUUUAACUUUACAACAAGAUAAUGAGCAAGAAAAUGAUGUUAUUUGCCCUAUUCUUGUGAGUUCAAUAGCUAAUAAUGAAGCUGAACUCGGAAUUGAAGUAACUCUGUUAAAUAUUACUGCUCCAACUGAAGACGAUUCAGAAUUAUCAAAAAAAUACUUCUCUGUUAUAGAUCCUGUUGAUAAAAAUAUAUGGUAUCAAAUUAAAUCAAUCGAUAGAACCUCAUAUUUAUUAAAGCUUAAGUAUAACGUUUGCGUUUGGGAUCAACCAUGUUUCUUUCCAUUAUUAGUUACUUCAAUGUGUUACUGCAAUGAUACAAUCAUUGUUGGACUUGAAGAUUCUUCAAUACAAUUUAUUGAUGCAGAGUUUGGCUUGCCAUGCUUGCCGGCAAUGCGCGUUGAAGGAGGUAUCAGAUAUCUUAGAUCAUUUGCUAACAAUUUUAUCCUCUGCAUUUCACAAAGAAAGACCGUUACAAUCUGGAGUUUAUCUAACCCAGCUGAAUUACAUGAUGUUCUUCAUGUUCAAUACUAUGGUGAAAUGCCUGAAAUCAAGAAAGUUGAAAUUACUAAUGAAUUACCAAAUGGUGAUAUUUCACCAAUUAUCUUCUUCAAAGACUUUGCAGUUCGUUGGUCUAAAUCUGCCAACUUUUGGGUUGGAUACAAUGUUAAAUUCCCAAGAUUUUUGAUUCCACCAACACAAAUUCAAACGCUCGCUGAUUUAGAGCGUCAAUUCACAGAUUCUCUUAUAUAUCAUGAUAGUGAGAAGUUCUCUGCAACAUAUUUUGAACUUUUCGACUUCUAUCUUCAAGAUCCAUCUGGUAAUAAUGCGAUGAUUUUGGUCAAGCAAAUGCUAGCUCGUAAAAGCGAAGAUUUAGAAAAAUACUGUGAUGUACCUAUGCAAGAACUCUAUGAUAGAACAUUAAACUUAAUUGCUGAACGCAGCCCUGAAAUGCUUGAAAAAAUCAAAGAAACUAAAGAAUAUCAAGAUGCUAAUAGACCUAAACCAGCUCCAACAGAAGCUGUUCAACAUCACAAGAAGUCUAGGUCUCGUUCCAAACUCGAGGAUGAUGAAUCUGAUGAUGCUGAUAUUGAUUUACCAGAAGAAGAAAUUUCUGAUGAAAUUAUUCUUCCUGAAGAAGAAGAUUCACAAGAAGAAGAAACAUCAAAGAAGCGCAAGAAACCUGAAGAGCCUUUACCAAUUGAAACACCUGAAUUGCCACCAGUUAUUCCUCAAAAGACAACAAGCAUUACUCAGUCUCUGAGCCAUUUCUUGGAACUCUCAAAUGGAUUUGAUAAUUGGGAUAAAAAUAAUGCAGCCACAACUGAAACUGCAACAGAAGACAAACCAAAUGAAGUAACUCCUGAUCAGGAAACAAAGCCAGUUGAACAAGCGGCUCCUGUAGAAGAAAUCAAACCGAUUCAAGUAAAGAAACAAACUCCAAAGAAACCUCGUCAGCCAAGAAAAGCGGCAAAAUUAGAAAUUCCACCACAAGAACAAACAAUUGCUACAGAAGAAAACGCCCAACAACAGCCAGUCGAAGAAGGUCAGCCACAGGUUGGUCAAGAGCAGCCAGUUGAAGAACAAUCAACGAGUACAAUGACAACAAGAAUGCAAACAAGAAGAGGAAACAGGAAGACUGAAGCUCCAAAACCAGCACCAAAACCAAAAGGAGGAAGGAGAGGUAAAGCAGCAGCUAAAGAGGCUGUUCCUCAAGAAGAAGCACAAAUAAACAAUUCAUUCCCUCUUCCAACUGCAGUUCAACCAGAUGUUCCUCAAGAUCCUUCUAAUGAUCCAAAUACAGCUACAACUGAACAAAUUGACUUAAUAGCUACUUUAAAUGCAGCUUUGCCUCCACCUGUAGAAGCAAAGCCAAAGAAGCAAACUAAAAGAGCUACAACACCUAAGAGAAAAGCAAAGAAUACAAAGGAAGAACCACCAGGUGAACCAACAGAACCAAUUAAUCCAGAUGAAUUGUUACAGUUCAAAAUCAAUGUUCCGCAGGUAAAUAUCGAAGAUGUUUCAAAGGUUGAAACAAUUGAAGCAAACGAAUUACCUGAAGAACCUAAGCCUAAGAGAAGUAGAAAGGCUAAAUCACCUGCUAAAACUACUACAAAGAAAGUUGCAACUAUUGCUUCACCUGUUAUUGCAAAGCAAAUGGUUGAGGAUGAAAUCAAGAAGAAGAUGGAAUUAGAAAUGAUAAAGAAAUAUGAAGAAGAACUUAAGAAACAGAAAGAAGCUGAAAUGAGACAAAAGGAAGAAGAAGAGAAAAAGAAAGUAGAAGAAGAAUUAAGAGCACAAAAUGAAGCUGAAGAAAUGAAACAAAAAGAAGAGGAAGAAAAGAAAUUAAUUGAAGAACAACAGAAUAAACAGAAGGAAGAAGAAGAGAAGAAGGCUAAAGAAGAAGCAGAAAGAAUUCAAAAAGAAAAUGAAGAGAUGAAAAGAAUAGAAGAAGAAAACAAACAAAAAGAAAAUGAUGAAAAGAAAGCUAAUGAAAUAGAAGAAACUUCCAAAGCAGAUAUGAAGAAAGCUAGUGAAGUUUUGAAUGAUGUAGAUGAUAUUUCAAAAGCUCAAUUAGAAAUCUCAAAGAGUGCUUCGCCAAAAGGAAAAUCUAAAGCUUCACCUAAAGGAAAGACAACUAAAGGUCAUACGAAGCAGAAACAAAUAGAUGGAUUCUUUAAAUAA